CUUCGCUUCUCUCCCUUCAUUCUUUCCUUCCUUCCUUCCUUCAUUCCUUCCUUCCUUCAUUCCUUCCUUCCUUCAUUCCUUCCUCUUCCGUUCUCCCGUCACUAUCGGCUGUGUCAUUGUUGGAUCUUCACAUAUCCUCCAUUCCUUACCUAGAUCCUUAUCCUCUCUUCCUUCUCUGUCUCGAUUAUGUGUAACCCUUAUUUCAUUUAACGCAUUUAUAUUUAACGUCCAUUCCAAUUCAUUCCAUUUCAUUGCAUUUCAUUGUAUUGCAUUCCAUUUCAUUCCAUUCUUUUUUCUUUUAUUAAAUACAUGGCAGGGGCCGUUGCAAGAGCCUUAAGGCUCGAUCAAUUCGAACCCGAUAGGAUUGUGACCUCUAACCUGGUCCGUCCAUUGACUCUUGCUAUCUUGCGAGGCAUCUUUACGCUCUACAAUUUGAUCGUGAUCAUCACUGUUUGGGCUACAUCCAAAUCUGCGGUCAAAUACCUGAUGUACUUCACUAACCUGUCCUAUUUUGGACUCACAGCCUACCUAGUUAGCACCACUUUAUGGUCAUUUGGAUACUUGAGGCGACCAGUUCAUGAGCGCGCGCAGUGGCUCAAGAGUGGAUCACCAUGGUGGGGCUGGACCCAUUGGUUGUUAUACGCCACUGUUGUCACUUUCCACAUCAUCGUCCCCAUUGUCUUUUGGACAAUGCUCAACAAAUCAAAUGAAGACCUAGAAAACAUGUCGACGCUUCAUUCAUGGACGAAUGCUUCUGUUCACGCCGUUGAUGGCGCCUCUGCGAUCUUUGAACUUGUAUUCAACCGUCAUUUCCUGAAACCCAUGCAUUCGCUUUUCGUUGCAGGUAUCAUGAUUCUUUACAUGCUCUUGACGUUUGUUGUGCAUGCGACAGAAGGAAUAUGGGUCUAUCCAUUCUUAGAUUGGGACCAAGGCCCCAUUGCUGCAGCAUACUAUCUGGGCGUUGCCGUAGCUCUAUUUAUCAUCUAUUUCGUCCUGUUGGUCUUGCAUAACUACCGGAACAAGUGCUUGGCAGGACGAUGUGCCAAAGUCAAUCAUGAUCAACCAUUGGAGUCACUUCACAACCAACAACAUCAACAGCAUGAUGAGGAGAAGGGAGGGUCUUAAAUGGGGUUUCGAUAUGUUAAAUGCAUUAAUGGAUUAAACAAGUAAAAG